GUCAACUUCCCCCUCUGUACGGGUCUUUGAUAACUCUCCCUCACAAUUUUUGGGCUAAACCAUUUCAGUGCACGGGGGAGGAGAGGGAUGCAGAGGCCAUGCUCACAUUCCUCUCCUCCGGACGGCACCACCUUUUUGUUCCUCCUGUGGCCCCUCCUAUAGCCGGUGACAGUGGCCGCGCUGCAGUGACAGGGAGCCGGCGCUUGGUGGCAGCAGAGAGCCCCACCCCCUACUUUUUUUGCUUCAAAAACUGCAAACAAAAGAGAAGAAGGCAAAAAAAAAAAAAAAAAAGUACAAAGAUCAGAAGUGGAGAGUAAUGCAGCCGGCAAGGAGCAGGGAUCUGAGGCAGCAGGCACCGUGAUCCGGGCCCCGGGGAGGAAGCACUCAAAGCUCUGCCAGGCUGCCCACUACCAGCUCCCCUGCCCUCCUGUCAUGUGCCAGGGAUCAUACCACUGCCAGCCUGUGGAAUACAAGGGAACCCGGGAGGAGAGAGCUGCUGUGGAUCCUAAAGGACAAUAAAGCUUGGAAGACUUGAAUGGACUAAACAUGAAAAGCUUAAAGGCAAAGUUUCGGAAAAGUGACACUAAUGAGUGGAACAAGAAUGAUGAGCGACUGUUUCAAGCUGUGGACCAUGGAGAACUGGACAAAGUUCAAGCUCUUCUGGGGAAGAAAGGAGUGGUGGCCACCAAGCUGGACAGUGAGGGCAAAACGGCAUUUCACCUGGCUGCAAUAAGGGGCAAUGCGGACUGUCUGAAGCUUAUGUUGGGGCAUGGAGUAGAUGUCGCAGCUCAGGAUUUGUCAGGUCACAGUGUUUUACACCUGGCCGUGAAACACAAUCACAUAGAGUGCAUCAAAAGACUCCUACAGGCUAAAUGCCCAUCUGAAUGCACAGACAAUCUUGGGAGAACCUGCGUGCAUUAUGCAGCUAUGAACGGCUCUCUCCCUGUGCUGCAGCUCCUAUGCGAACACAAAUGCCUUCUAAAUGUCAAAGAUUCGGACGGUCUCACGCCUCUGAUUUUUUCCGUACUACAAGGUCACGUGGAGGCGUGCAAGUGCCUCUUAGAUCAUAAAGCCAACGCAAAUAUGGCAGAUAAGAGUGGAAAGACUCCUCUAAUGUUUGCAUGUGAAGACGGCCACUUCAACAUGGUGGAUGCCUUGGUGCAACGAGGAGCCAGUUUAUUAGUAUCUGACGCACUGGGCCACGAUGCUCUCCAUUAUGCCAGAUUGUCAGGAAAUCCACACAUCCUCAGCCUCCUUCUGUCAAAGACAAGCCAAGAACAUGGAACCAAAAGUCCGACCAAGCCAUUACAGCAUGAUCAAGUCACUAGAUUAAGCUCAGAGAGAAGUGGAACCCCCAAAAAACGCAAAGCUCCGCCUCCUCCUAUCAGUCCUCUACAGCUAAGUGACUUAUCAUCCCCCUUGUCAUCAACAUCAACCCCAGUCUCGGCCAAAGGAGAGGUGUUCUUCUCUGAAAAUAGCAGCAAGGACGAAAAUUCACCCUACAGGCGAGACUAUAGAGACAGGCUGAGCGACAGCACAGAGGAUAGCCUACUGGAUGUGAGCUCUGAGGCCGACCACCAAGACACACUCUUACAACUGCAAGCAAAGGUGGCUUCUCUAACUCUGCUCAACAAGGAAUUACAGGAGAAAUUACAGGAGAAAGCCAAUAAUGAGGCAUUUACAGAUAUCAGCUGUGAUUCUUACCAUUCUACACAGACUGAUGUUAACCUUUCCGUUGCCAAAAAUCAAGAUGCAAAAUCACCCACGGUUAUUUCGGAUAACUCCGAUACAUCUUUCGAGUCCCAGGUUGAAAUAGUUAACAAUGAACACAAAAUGAAACUACUGGAAAAAACCAUUGAGGACAUGAAAUUGAAACUGGAGGACUCCGAAACAAAAAGGCAGAGCUUGGAAGCCCAGAUCCGAUCUAGUUUUCGAGAUUCUAUCAGUACUGAAACUUCUGAAGUGGCUUCAGAUAUAGACCUUCAGUCUCAGGGAUCGCCUUGUGUUGGGAAACAAGACAUUUCCUUUAAGCCAAAUCUACAGAGGAUGUCAAGAGUGGAGCAAGAAGACGGAGUUGUAAAAACGAGUGAGGAAAGUUUAUUGGUAUUGGAAGAAUAUGAAGCUCUGAAGAGCGAAUACCAGGAGGUCCUAGCGGAAAGUGAAAGGAAAGAGAAUGAGAUGAAUGAUUUGAGGAACCAAAUCGAUGUGAUUACCCAAAGUAUUGUCAACUUGGUGCCCAUUGAGAAGCAAGAAGAAAUGGCAAAGUCUUACUGUGCCGUCAUAGAGCAGCUGAACGAGGAGAACGCCAAACUUAAUAUGAAGCAGCAAGAAUUACUGGAAGAAAUUACGAGGUUACAGAAGGAGUUACAAAGUCAGGUGGAGCCCAGGUCUCCGGUGGAGAAUGGUCAAGAGGAGGAGGACAUGACAAGAACGGUAGAUGACUUGAUCAAACAAGUGAACGAGUUGUCUCUGUUAUACAAUGAAGCCCAGGUGGAACUUGAGAAGACAAAGAAAGUAUCACCUGAUGUAUCAGCAGAUUUCAUCCCUAGGGAAGAACAUCAGAAACUUUUGCAAGAUGUUGAAGAAAGCAAAGAGAAAGUGGAGAAUGAUUUAGUGGAUUUGGCUUCCCAGCAUGCCAAAAUAUUGGAAGAAGUAUGUGAGCUGAAGCAACAGAUGGACAAGGAGAGGGGGCACGCGGCAGAGUCUGAACAUGUACAAGUCAUCGAAGAUCUUAAACGUACAAUAGAAAAUAUGGAUGCAGAAAGAAGCGAGUUGAGGGAACAGAACACCACUCAAGAAUCCCGAAUGAAAAGUUUACAGGACGACCUUCGGCAGGAACAGUCCAAGGUCCAGGAAGCCAUGGUCACCAAGCAGUUAUUAGCCGAGCGGCAGGUGUCUCUGGAAGAUGACAUUAGUGCCUUAUCCACGCAAGUGACUGACCUGAUGAAGGAUAAAGAGACGAUCGCUAUGGAGAAUGGGCACGUUAAAAGGGAAUUGUCGCAAGUGAAAGAGGAGAAAGAGUUGAUAGAAGGGCAACUGCAAAACAAGGAACUAGAACUCGAAGAGCUGAGGAGGAAAUUCAGCAAAGUGCAGGAAGAUCUGGCCGAGAUGAAGAAGUUGUCAGAGAACUCCUCCAAAAUGGAUGAAGACAAAGACAAAAAGAUACAUGAGCUCUCAAAAGAAGUGAGCAAACUCAAAGAUGCACUAAACAGCCUUUCCCAGCUAUCAUUCACCACAAGCACUCCCAAGAGGCAAAGCCAGCAGCUGGAAUCUCUACAACAGCAGGUCAAACAGCUGCAGAACCAGUUGGUGGAAACCAAGAAGCAGCACCAGGAAAUCGUAUCAGUUUACAGAAUGCAUCUUCUCUAUGCUGUUCAGGGCCAAAUGGAUGAGGAUGUUCAGAAGGUGCUAAAACAAAUACUGACGAUGUGCAAGAGUCAGUCUCAGAAAAUGUGACGUGGGACUAAGGAUGAUCAGCUCAUACAGCACUGCCUCCUAAUAUUACUAAUGCUGGAUAUCACAUGUAUGAGUUCUUCUGUAUCAGAAAAUGAAGUUAUUUUAUACUUUUUUGAUAAGAAACCACCGGUUCCACUUAACAUUUAUUGUGGUCAAUUAGCAACUUGCUAAGAUAGUACCCAAAAAGUGAAGACUGCUGCUUUACAUAGCACUAAUAUCCUAAUUUAGUAGCAUACAAAUAGAUACCACUGAGGGAUGUAAUAAAACAUUUCCCCCUCUAAGAUCAAACAUUCACCAGUUCUGCCAAGCUGGGUGACCACCAAAAUGGCCGCCAUUACAGCUCUGUAGGCUUACACCAAUGAAAUACAUUUACAAAGUGACUUAAAGGGGUUAACCAGGAAAAAAACUUUUUUUUAUAUAUCAACUGGAUUCAGAAAGUUAAACAGAUUUGUAAAUUUCUUCUAUUAAAAAUCUUUAACCUUUCAGUACUUAUGAGCUGUUGAAGUUGAGUUGUUCUUUUCUGUCUAAGUGCUCUCUGAUGACAUGUGUCUCGGGAACUGUCCAGAGAUGAAGCAAAUCCCCACAGCAAACCUCUUCUACUCUGUGCAGUUCCCGAGACAAGCAGAGAUGUCAGCAAAGAGCACUGUUGUCAGACAGAAAAGAAGAACUCAACUUCAGCAGCUGAUAAUUAUUGACAGGAUUAAGAUUUUUUAAUAGAAGUAAUUUACAAAUCUGUCUAACUUUCUGGAGCCAGUUGAUAUUAAAAAAUAAAUAAAAAGUUUUUUCCUGGAUAACCGAUUUAAAGUGGUUUUUCCACCAUUAAAGGGGUACUCUGGUGGAAAACUUUUUAUUUUUUUUAAUCAACUGGUGCCAGAAAGUUAAACAGAUUUGUAAAUUA